AUGAGCCGCGCUCAGGGCGGGCAACCCUCUAUUUUCCAGGAGCUGUUUCUCGUCGGUUGCAGCGCGAUCUUAUCGAUGAUCGUCCUGAACUUUGGACUGAAGAGAAUGGAUCCGAAUCGACAGAACAGUAAAGCGGCGAUUGAGAGGAAGAAGGAAUUGGCAACGCGCUUGGGACGACCCAACCUGGAUACAAACGUGUACGAGGAUGUCAUCGCCAUGGAUGUAGCGAACCCGGAUCAUAUCGACGUCACGUUCAAUUCCAUCGGUGGGUUGGAGGACACGAAGCAGUCGCUCUAUGAAUUGGUUAUUUUACCACUCGUGCGUCCCGAACUAUUUGCCCGUGGGAAACUCUUACAGCCGGCAAAGGGGGUCUUACUUUAUGGACCACCUGGAACCGGUAAAACGUUGCUGGCAAAGGCGCUGGCAAAGGAAUCGGGCGCGUGUUUCAUCAAUGUCCGUUCGUCCACGUUACAGAGCAAGUGGUUUGGUGACGCGCAGAAGCUUGUCUCCGCCGUUUUCACGUUAGCUUUUAAGCUCCAGCCAUCAAUCAUCUUCAUUGACGAAAUUGACUCCUUCUUAGGCACUAGGAAGUCGGGCGAGCACGAGGCGACCGCGACGAUGAAAACGGAAUUUAUGACCCUUUGGGAUGGAUUCAAUACCGAUGAUAGCGCUCAAGUGAUGGUUCUCGGCGCAACGAACAGACCGUGGGACGUGGAUGAAGCCAUAUUGCGACGCCUCCCACGUGCGUUUGAGGUUGGUCUACCAAAUGUGGAACAACGCGCGCAGGUAUUGGCCGUAACGCUGAAGGGCGAGAAUUUGGACGACGGUUUCAUUUCGCAGGAGCGCAGCUGCGCGCUGUGGAUGAUCGCAAGCGAGACUGAGGGAUUUAGUGGAAGUGAUUUGCGCGACUUGUGCAAGCAAGCUGCGUACGGUCCAGUGAGAGACUUCCUUAAAAUUGAACGCGAGAAAGCAUCGAUUGGACAACGAGCGUCGGGACGCCCUCGUGCAAUUUCGUACGCCGAUUUCAAGGCAGUGCUUGACACUAGUCCUCCUUCGACCGAAGCCGCAUCGCUUUAUCAGCAGCAUGACUUCAGAAGACGAGCAGCGAGAGACGUGCGAAAUGGUGAGCGGGUGAACACUGAAAUGCAAGAUUUGCUCGCGCAGUUGAUGAAAGCGAUUGCGAUGCAGAAUUCCGACGCUUCCGACGAAUUAGAUUGA